AUGCUUCACUUCAUCCAGAAAUUUUCUCUAGCAUCUUCAAAGAUGCUGAAGUAUGCAGUGGGAUUAGGAGCCAGCAGGAAAGUUGAUACAUUUUUUCUCAAGGCCUCUCUCCAGCAGAACUUUUCCUCUUUGUUUCCAAGAUGUUGGGUCUUGUCAUCAUCUCCAGUGUAUAUGAGCAAAUAUUAUCAUACUUCCCCAAGCCAUUUUAAGAAGAAGCAAGCACAACUUCCAGCCAGGCCACCAAGCACCAUCACUUACCUUUCUGAUAGUCCAAAGCCUGCACUAUACCUAACUCUGGCAGGACUGAUCCCCUUUGUUGCUCCGCCACUAAUCAUGGUGAUGACAAAGACUUAUGUUCCCAUGUUAGUUUACUCAGAUGGCUUAUGGAGCCAGUGUCCUCGCUUUCCUGGGAGGGGUCAGAUGGGGUUUUGCUCUGCCAGAAAGUAG